AUGUGCGCGGCGCUGGCGAUGGCGCUGGCGCUGGUGAGCGGGACGGCGAGCGCGAUCGCGUGCGCGGCGACGCUGACGCCGAGCGCGCGAGGCGCGUUUCGGUUGACGCCGGAAGUCGCGGCGCUGGCGAACGAGAUGUUCCCGUGGGUCCUGGGCGCGACGCCGUUCGCGAUGGCGUUCGAGAGCGCGAUGGGGACGGUGUGCGGGAUCGGCAGGGUGGAGACGGCGACGCGGUGGUCGGCGGGAAAGGCGGCGGCGGACGCGGCGGCGACGCUCGCGGCGCUGGGGCUGGGGAGGGGAGACGCGGCGAAGAUGCGGUGGAUCGGCGUCGGAACGUUCGCGGUGAGCGUCGCGCAGGCGGGAUUGGGGUGGUGGUUGGUGUCGACGACGACGCCGCGAGGUUGGGACGAGCCGCUCGCGCCGCGAGCGACGUCGGCGAGACGGUUGGGCGCGGCGGAGACGUUUGGAUUUUUGGCGAACGGCGCGAGCAUGGUGGCGCGGUCGAUUUUGUUGCAGAGCUCGUUCUUCGUCGCGGUGGUCGUCGCCGCGAGGAACUUGGAGCCGAGCGGAUUGGCGGCGCACCACAUCGUCGUGUCGCUGUGGAUGGUGUGCUCGUACGUCGUCGACGGAUUCGCGACGUGCGCGACGGUGAUCGGGUCGCGUUUGUUCGGCGCCGGUCGAAAGGAUGAGCUCGUGCGAUUGUCGCACACGCUCGUCGCGUGGGGCGUCGUCACCGGAUUCGUCUUCAGCGCCGCGCUCGUGGCGGGCGAAUCGGCGAUUCCGAGCGUGUUCACGCGCGACGCGAAAACGAAAGAGGCGCUGCUCGGCUCGGGGGUGUGGCGAGUGCUCGUGCUCGCGCAGCCGAUCAACGCGGCGGUUUUCGUGUAUGAUGGAUUCAUCUACGCCACGCACAGUUUCUCGUUCGUUCGCGAAGUCAUGGCCACCGGGGUUGGUUUGGUUUUCUUGCCGACGCUGUAUCUCGCGAAUCGCCCGCUGGUAAGUCUGAAGGGCAUUUGGACGGCGAAGUUGGCGCUGAACGCGUGGCGCGUGGCGUGGCUCGCUGGACGCGUGCACGUGUGGUUGCCUCGACAAGAGAUGUCGCCUCGCGAUGACAACGGCGAGAACGAGAGUGAGAGUGAUUCUGACGACGACGAAGAGGCGGCGCACUACGAGCCGUUGUUGCCAGGGAACGAGAGCGAAGAAGACGUCGAGUCAGUCACGCCGCAGACGAACGACGUGCAGUACGAAUCGUCGCUCAAGCCGUCGAAGAUUAAGGCGAAGGGUCUGUCGCCGAUUCGCACGCCCGAGCUCGCCAUGGCGCGGGCGUCUAGUUUGCGAGCGAGCGCCGGCGAAUUCGCGCCGUCAUCGAGUGUAUUGUAG